CGGUUGCUAUAGUUCCAAAACUCGCCAGUUUGGCUGUAUUCCCGGAGAGUGCACUGACGCACUAGACAAGCCUGUUGCUGACGGCGGGAGAAUGGCUAGAGGAGAACGGAUCAAACCCAUAUGCUUCAAAUAAUUACAACUUUAUUGUUGCAUUUUACGCAUCUUUUAAAACAUUUGUGUGCUUUUCAUCUAAACUAGCUGAAGUGUCUCGUAAUUGUUUCACAUCACCCAUGGGAUUAAAUCACACAUCAGUGUCCUUGGCUGGACGAAGGGAAAACACAGGCGACAUUUAAUUGAGAUACAACCAGGACCAUCAGCAAGAUAUGGACAGCAAUUCUUAUUCUAAACCGCCAAUAGGCCGUAAGAUGAAGAACCCGGCCCCCCCUCCCCCAGGCCCCCCUCAGCCCACUCCCCGCCGCCUGCCGCGAAACAUCGUGCCCGACGGUGGCGUGGCUGUGAGCACGGACAUCAAGGAGAACGUCCUGCAGCCCCACGUGGAGCUCCAGCUCAGCCUGCCCAGCGGCGCCCACACCACCAGCACCUUCGAUGGCAGGAAAGCUCUUAUGGACCUGCUUGUGGAGGUGUGUGGUCAGUACCACCUGAACCCGGCCUACCACACCCUGGAGCUGCUGUCAUCAGAGGGACAGCCUGUGGCCUUCAAGCCUAAUGCCUUCCUGGGCUCUCUGGAUGUAGCCUGUGCCCUCAUUAAGGAGCGUGUGGUGGAUGAGAAGCUAGUACGGAAGCCUGUGCCCAGAGUGCCAGAGAAAAGCGUCCGUCUGGUGGUGAACUAUCACCGCUCCCAGAAGACUGUGGUGCGAGUGAGCCCACUGGUCCCGCUGCACGCCCUGGUCCCGGUCAUCUGCCAGAAGUGUGAGUUUGACCCGGCCCACGUGCUCCUGCUCCGCGACAGCGUCAGUCGCCACGAGCUCGACCUGGACAAGUCCCUCUGCGACCUGGAGAUCCGCGAGCUCUACGCCUUUGACCAGAGCCUGGUUUUGCAGCCUAAAAUGGCCUCCGCUCCUGCCCUUAACUACGCAGAAUCCACCUGCUCCACCCAGAGUGUCGGUGCUGUGGAGAAGAAAGGUCUUCUGGGAUUCUUUAAGUUCAACCGCAGGAAAUCAAAGACUGACUCGCUCUCCUCCUCUGACAUGGAGGAGGUUGAUGGUGAUGUUCAUGUUGUUGAGAGUGCUGAGAAUGACCAUUAUGCCCUAUCAGGUGUGAGCACCAGUUUGGAGGCACGGCCUAGCACUCUCGGCCAAUCACAGUCAGUCAUGAACAUCAGCAAGAUGUCCCCCAAAGUGGAGCUGAAGAAGAGACGUGCACCAGCCCCACCCCCCACCACACAUCAAAGCUACGACAGCCUAGGGAUGCAUGCAGGCUGUCCCUCCACUAGCAGCCUGCUGAAGAAACGCAAGGCUCCCGCACCCCCUCCCACCCCGGCUUCCCAUUCGCCCACCCCGACCCCGACCCCGACCCCUCCGAUACGCAGUAGCCCUGACAAUGUCCCCAAGGCUGCCCCUCCGGCCUCCUCUGCCCAGGCCACCACCACCGUUGCUGUGGCCGCCAUCACCGCGGCUACGGUCGCGUUGCCCCCGGUGACGGCGGUGCGUCGCGCGGCCCGUCAGGACGACUCGGCGUCGGAGGUGAGCGGCGCCAGCGAGGAGUCGGAGCGCGCCGCCCUCUGCAGCUCCAGCAGCUCGCAGGCCGACUCGGUUCCCAGCAGCCACCUGGACGAGGUCGCCACCAGCAGCCAGGACGAAGAGUACGAGGAGGAGUAUGAGGAGGUGGACGAGGAGGAGGAGGAUCUGGAGGUGGACGAAAUGGAGAUGGAGCUGCAGGUGCUGCAGCAGCUGCAGCAGAGGUCACGGCAGCAGCUGUCCCAGCCGGUGGUGGUGGAGCGAUUGCAGCACCGGCAGCAACCGGCGCAACUGCAGAGCCAGGGCCUCCGAGAGCACCAGGCCUCGGAGCCCAAACCGCAGACACAGACACCGAAGCCACAGACACCGCAGCCACAGUCGCCGCCGCCUGCACAAACGCAACCUCCUCAGCUGCCCCAGGGUCCAAAACAGCAGGAACAGCAGCAGUCGGAGGAACAGCUGCAGGACAGUGACCGCAGCACCACGAGCGCAGAAACCGGCUCCACCGUCAGCCUGAGGAUGGACGAGUCCGAGAGCAACAGGCAUAGCGCCAUAGACGUGGGGCGACAGGUGCCAGUCAAGCCCCGACGGACAUCGCUAGGAGACCAGACGUCACAGGCGGCCUCCGCCAGCCCAGCCCUCAUAGACCGCAACUCCCACAAUGCAUCACCAGACAGCUUCACAGAUAUGCCACAACACUCGUGGCUGCACUCAGCUCGUCCAGCAGGGGGCGCUGAGGUUCCAGUGGACUCUGCGGAGACGGGCUCAGUAAGCAGUGGCAGUGGGAGCUUCGCUGAUCAGGGCUACGCAGAGGAGUCGUGCCCCCUGAGCUCGCCCUCUGACCUCACGCCACCCCGCGCCCCGCGUGACCUCUCCAGCGACAGCGACGAGGGAUGCGCCACCUGGAACUCCAGUACCAGUCAAGACUUGUACCGGAAGGGUCAGUCAGGCAAAAUAAAGGACAGCUAUGAGGAGGACCCCAAGCUGAUGGCUCAGCUGCAGCUGACACUGGCUGAUCUUGAUGCAGAACUUGCAGAAAUGAACCAGAGCAGUGAGUGUCCCUCUGAAGCUGAUGACUUGAUCCCUGUGUCUGUUGUCGACUUGGUACCCGUGACAACCAUCGGUGAGGUGUUGGACAUACAGCCGUCCAACAGUCAGAACAAGAACAACAACGCCACCUUGUGGCCGGAACCUGCAGUGCAGCCACGUGUGUCAGUGGAGGUGAAGGGCUCCAGGAGCACACAGGAGGUCAAGCAGCCGGCCCCAGACUCAAAAGACAAGACGCUGAAAUCUGAGCCACCUCUCCGUGAGAGUAAAGCAGUGGGCUCAGCAACAGGGACCAAGCCUCCUUCUGCCAAGAACAGCUCAGUGGUGGCUCCUGCGAAGGCUCAGCCUGUUGGUGGUAGCCAGAGCAAUAGAGCGCCCCCUAGGGCUCUGGAGCGCAGCAAGAUCACCCAGAUGCCAGCCUCCCGUUUCGGCACCAAGACAUUCACCAUUGUCCCGACCAAAGUUGCCGUGCCUAGCAGCUCACAGACCCAGGGCUCGCUCACCCUCGGCGCCAUCAAGAUCGAUGAGCGGGGCAACAUGGUCAAGGGGCAUGGUGUGCAACAGUGCGUGGGCACACCUGUGGCACAGGGUGAGAAGGAGGAAGCCGCCGCGCCUAGCAGCUCACAGAACCAGGGCCCGCUCACCCUCGGUGCCAUCAAGAUCGAUGAGCGGGGCAACAUGGUCAAGGGGCAUGGUGUGCGACAGUGCGUGGGCACACCUGUGGCACAGGGUGAGAAGGAGGAAGCCGUGCCGCUGCGCGAGAAAGCCAAAACCUUCUGGACAUCCACAGACAAGCAGGAAGCUCCGACUGCCACAAAAGCAACAACAAAAGCAACAACAACAACAACAACCAAAACAAUAGUCAUCCCUCCGCCGGCCCCAGGCGGGGCCACGAGUAAACCUGCCGACAAGCGUCAGGCAGAGACAGCGGCCAGGAGCACUGUCUCUGGGAUAAACCAUUCCUCCACAGCCAAGGGUGGCAGCCAGGCCUCCCAGGGUCCGGAGAGCAGGCCUCCCAGCUCAGAGCCCACGGGUCCAGCCCAGAGGGCCACGCCGAGCGUCCAGGACCCCAGAGACCUGUCCUUCCUGAAGCCCCAGAGGCGGACGUCCAGUCAGUACAUGGCCACGGCCCUCAGCAAUAAGCUCACCGUGCGGCCUGCGGCCAGAGUAGACGGCAUUCAGGAGAAACUGGAGCCUGAGCCUCCAGCCCAGAAACCUCUUAUAGAGGGACGAACGGCCACCACGGCCUCCUUUACCAGCGUUACAAUUCAGGAAUCCAGUGGCUCAUCCCAGGUGGGGGUAUGGAAGGAGAACGGUUCUGUUCCCAGCUGGACCGCUCUGAAAGGCCCGCAGGCCUACAAGAGUCAUACCUUCAACAAGCAGACUUCAGUUGAGCCGCCACGUCUUCUUAAGGGAGGCGCAGGGACGGUAUCUGAUGUGAACUCAGGGGUGGUCAACAGCAAGGCAAAGCUAACCACCCAUGAGGCUACUAACAGAUCCAGCGCGACUCACAACUCAUCAGUUGUGCCGGAUCAGAACCCAGAGCCCUGGGCGGCCCCUGGAGUUCUGGCUGAGCCCAACCAGGUGAGCCCAUUCGGGCCGGUGAAGAAGUUCCGGCCGGUGAUCCAGAAGUCCGCGGAGAAGGAUACGUCUCUGCACAGCUCGCUGAUGCAGGCCAUCCAGUCAGGAGACAACAAGGAUCGCCUCAAGAGGGUGAGCGAGGCGUCGGCUGGGAGUGGCCUGAAGAAGCCCGCCCUGGUGGAGGAGGAGAACACCCAGUCCGCCCUCCUCUCCGCCAUCAGGGCCAACAACUCCAACCGACUCAAGAAGACAAGGUCAGGGGCAGCCAGGGAGCUCGACCGCUUCAGAGCUACAGAGUCAGCGAGUGGCUGUCAGAACCAGACCUCUACUCUUCAACACACCUCACUUCCGUCAGCUCCCGCACCUGUGCCCACAGCUACCCCCCCACCCCCUCCUCCGCCCACAGCUGCCCCCCCACCCCCUCCUCCGCCCACAGCUGCCCCCCCUCCCCCCCGGGUGGUGCUGCCGUCAGUGGGGAACCCAGAACAGACCCGAGAGGCUCUACUGGAUGCCAUUCGCUCUGGGGCUGGGGCCAAAGGUCUGAAGAGGGUGCCUGUGGCCACUAAAACCGUGCUGGUGAACGGGAGACUGGGGACCAUGACCGCGUCCUGCUCACUCUCCCAGGGGCUUUAGACUGUGAGCCGUGGGAGUCUGGACACGCUGCAGGCACCAGACGGAGAGGAGGCCAGAUGACAGAUAGGCGCUGGUGCCCCCUGCCCUGAUGUCCGUCUGUGUUUAGUUUUUAUUUGUCAUUAUCUAUUCCGAAAUUUGCUGCUGCUAUAGAGUGCCAAGAAUCACCGCAAUAUCAUUAUUAUAUUCUUAUCUACAGUCUUAUUGUCAUUAUCAUCAUUCUUCUCAUUUGCCAGGCUAAAAUACUGAAUGUUGUGUAUGAGAUUCUUGACUUUUGUCCAUUAUCUGCAAAGCAGUGAGUUUUUUUUUAUGUUGUUGAAAAUACACCAGUUGCAUUUUAUAUUCUUAGUAAGAUACGAGACAGUGUAUGGCAACUCUGUUAUUGUGAUUGACCAACAUUCUUAGAACACUGGAUGCAACGUGGCAUCAAACAUUCCAGCACACACUAAGCCCGACAGUUUUCAUAAAUGACACAGACAUUGAAUUCUAGACGUUGCCCAUGCGCAGGCAAUACCGCUAAGACGUCUGGAUACAACUGACCAUUACAACUGAUACAACUGACCAUUACAGUCCUCAGCCUGAAAUAUAGUAUAAGUAUAUAUACUCUUUUGAUCCCGUGAGGGAAAUUUGGUCUUUGCAUUUAUCCCAAUCCGUGAAUUAGUGAAACACACAGUGAGGACACACUAAUCCCGGCGCAGUGAGCU